AUGCCUUCCUGGGAAGGUGUUUUGGGCACGUCCCACUGGGAGGAGGCCCCGGGAAAGACUGAGGACAUGCUGGAGUGUCUCGGCUGGCCUGGGAACGCCUCGGUUCUGGGUUGUGAGUUCCUGGUAGGACUGGGAGCUGCAGUUCUAACAAUAGUAGCCAUGCCACACUUUGACAUUGUCACCAAUGUGAUGAUUCUAAACAGUGUGAGCAUCCUGUCCGCAGUGUUCCAGGUGGUCGCUGAUUGCCUUGCCAAAGAGAGAAAGUGGCUCAUAAUGGUCCCUGAAAUUUCCAGAGACAUUGCUCAGUCCCGUAACAUGGUCAGCAUCAUCUCUAGUUUGAUAAGAAUCCUGAUUACGUCAGCUGUGAUUGCAGGUUAUGUUCCUCUAUCAGGUCAGGAAUGGAAAUCGACAGGAGGACUGGCCUGUUUGGGCUGCUCUGCUCUGAGCUGGUGGCUUGGACUCAUACUCAGUACAAUUUACAUCUGGUACCUGAAGAUCCAUCGAAUAGAAAGAACCCAAGAUCUGUUUGUGCGACCUAUGUAUGAAGGAGCAUUUAUGGAACAGUCUAUGUUGCUAAACACUCGUUUUGAAAUCAGAAAGAGAAUCAAGGAGAGACGGAGUGCAAAAGAAACCAUCAGAGUGUUUCUGUGUGCAACGAUGUGGCAUGAGAGCUAUGAUGAAAUGAUGAAGAUGAUCAUCUCUAUGUUCAGACUUGAUAAAUACAGUCCCAAACACAAAAACAGCGAUGUCCAGUUUGAAUUCCAUAUUUAUUUUGAUGAUGCUUUCAAGGAUGUUGAUAAUGGAAGGCAUGCAAAUGAAUAUGCUGAAAGUAUUGUGGAUGUCAUCAAAGAAGUCUACACCAUUUUCAGUGAAGAAGACCGAUCCAUAUUCAAGCAGAAGGCAGCACUACCACCCCAGAAGAUCAUAAACACCCCUUAUGGGGGGCGGCUGGAAUACACCCUCCCUAAAGGCAAUCUGAUGAUGAUUCAUUUCAAAGACAAGACACUUAUCCGUCACAAAAAAAGAUGGUCUCAGAUAAUGUACUUGUAUUACAUUCUUGGCUGGAGACUUAACAGACAGUACUUCAAAGAGUUUGAGGAAGGUAAACAACUGGAAUCCAUUGAGGAGAGACAGAAGAAAGAAAGGGAGAACAUGUAUAUCUUGGCCCUGGAUGGGGACACUGAUUUCCAGCCAUCUGCAGUCAUGCUGUUAAUCGACAGACUUAAACUCUACCCAGAGGUUGGGGCUGCCUGUGGCAGGAUUCAUCCAACAGGCACAGGGCCCAUGGUGUGGUAUCAGAAGUUUGAAUAUGCAGUAGGCCACUGGCUACAAAAGACUGCAGAGCACGUGUUCGGCUGUGUACUGUGCAGUCCUGGAUGUUUCAGUCUUUUUAGAGGAGCCGCACUCAUGGACGACAAUGUCAUGAAGAGAUACACAACCAAAGCCAAUGAAGCCAGCCAAUACGUCCAGUGUGAUCAAGGUGAGGACCGCUGGUUGUGCACUCUGCUGCUGCAGCAGGGCUGGAGGGUGGAGUAUAACGCAGCAUCUGAUGCAUACACCAAAGCUCCACAGGAAUUUAAAGAGUUUUACAACCAGCGCAGACGCUGGGGACCCUCUACCUUGGCCAACACCAUUGACCUCUUGGGUUCAGGAGAACUGACCUCUCAGAGGAACAGCUCUAUCUCAAAACCUUACAUCUUGUACCAGAUUAUCAACACUGCCGCUUCCAUCCUGGGCCCUGCCACUGUCUGUCUCAUGAUAUCAGGAAGCUUUGUGUUCAUCUUUAAUAUGAAUGCAAAUCUAGCCCUUAUUUUGGGCAUAGUUCCUCCUACUGUGUUCCUCAUCCUGUGCUUCAAACUGAAAUCUGACACACAGAUUACAAUUGCAGCAAUCAUGAGUGUACUCUAUGCAUUUCUCAUGGUGGGAACAAUUCUCUCAAUCAUAGGUGAUCUAUUGAGACAACAGACAUUUGUGACUCCCAGUGGUAUGUUCCUCAUUGGCAUAGUGGCUUUGUACCUCAUCACGGCAGCUUUACACCCCCAGGAGUUCCCACUGGUCAUCUAUGGACUGGUAUAUUUCCUCUGCAUUCCCAGUGGGUAUCUACUCUUAAUUAUUUACUCCAUAGUCAACAUGAACAAUGUCACAUGGGGCACCCGUGAAUCCGGCAGCAAGGCUAAAGCUACAGCAGUCAAUACCAUCAAGAAGAGGUUCAUGAAUUCCAUAUGCUGGAAAUGUCCAUGCUUGGAAUCUGAAGAUCAGAUUGAGGAGAUACUGCCAACAGAAACCAUAACACAGAGGGAACACGAGUUUCAGCUUAGUCCUCAUCAAAGUAAGUAUGACUUCCAUACUUAA